AUGUAAAAAUUGAGCCCACUAGAUCAGUUGGAUCCUAACAAUGUUGGUGGAAGAGAAUAAAUGAUAAACAGGAUGUAUAGUCAUCAAACAGCACUUUUAAAAAUUAAGCCAACAUUAGAUACAAAAAAGCCACCAAAACCGCAUGUUGAUGCAAAUAAAAAGGAUAAACCUCCUUUGAAAUAUAAAAAAUUAUUAGAAUAUGGAAAUGUUUAUAAAACAUUCAGUGCAGUUGUGGGAGCUUCAAAACCGUUAAUUGACUCAAAAGAACCAGAAACAACUAAAUUCAAAUCAUUUUGGGGAAAGAAAAAUAAAGCAUAAAAAUUUUAAGAAAAAGAACAUGAGCUUAACCUAAGAGCAUAAUAAAAAAGAAUAUAAGGAAUAGGUUCUAUGUAAGAACGCAAAAAGAAUCCUAACGACCCACUUGCUCAUCCUACAUACCUAUUAAGCUCUGAUCCCUAGCCAAAAACUAAUAAUUAUUUAUUAAAGUAAAUACUUAAGCCUUAAAAGACAGCAAAUUAAAUCGAUCUCAGCAGACUUUACCCGAAAAAGGAAAAAAAAGAAAAGCUAUAACCUGAAGGAGGUUAGGAUUAGGUUUAUUAAGAAUUUAGCUUUCGUCCUCAAUCAGCAAAGCCUGUUGAAAGAUCCAGUAGCUAUAUGAAAAAAACUGAUGGAAAAAAAGAGCCCCCCAAACCUGUAAUUGAUAAGAGCAAGAGACCUCAAACGGCUAAGACUAUUACUAAAGAAUAAUACGAAUAAUAUAAAAAAGAAAUAUAAAUGAAACAAAGUGGUAUUAUCGAAGUAGAUUUUGUAGAUGAGAUCCCUAAAGCCAAGGGAGUAAAAGAAAGUGAUUAUGAAUAUAUAAAACAAGCCCUCAUAUAGUUAUUAAUUAAAUACAGAAUAUACUAAGAGAGAGACAUGAAAAUUCUGUUUGGUCGUACAGUUGUUCAUAAUUAACACAUGAAAAUGGAUAAAUUAGAUUAAAUAUUUGAGGAAAUAAAAUCAGAACUUGAUAAAUGA